AUGCCGGCGCGCGAGUGCGGGCACGAGGCGGGCACGGCCCGUCGCGUGCAGCGCACGCUCGCGCUCGCCGUGCGGGCCGCCGCGCGCAGUCUGCCCGCGCAGGUCUGCCUCGUGCGCUCGCUGCUUGCGCACCCACGUCGGCUUCAGGUCUUCAUGCCGCCUCCGAGGCUCGCCGCUGGCCCCGUGGGCGCCGUCCCGCGGCGGCUGCUGCCGCCGGCCGGGGCACAGCACGUGCAGCUCGCGGCGAGGGUUCUGCCCGCCGCUGCGCUGGCGGCGCCAGGCGGAGCGCUGGCCAGAGAGCGGCCGGACACCUACCUGGACCCCUCGGAGCUGCCGGGGCCGCCGACGUUCCCCUCGAGCGAGCAAGCCUGUCGGAUGCUCUCAUCGCUUUUGUUAUUCUGA